GUGGCCUUUUUGCAUUUUUAUUUUGAGAGCGAUGCCUAAAGCGCGUUACUGUUACUUAACGUUUGCAAAAUUUAUACCUACAGAUACAGUAUUGGUGAAUGGUGUAAUCGCAUGGUUUCGUGUGUUUAAUAAAACUGUAUUUUGUGACGUCAGCAACGAGAAGGUUGGAUAAAUGAGGUAUCGACUGCGGCAGGGUAUAAAUAGUAUGCGCGCUGAGCAAGCAACCAUAAAGUAGACAGCAGUGAUUGAAGGGAAGCAAAAUCCUCCUCCUAAAUAUUAUGUUGGGAAACAGAAGGAAAGCAGUCCCCGUGGAUAAGACCAGGAGCACGAUGUCCAACUCUAAAGCCAUUGAUCCGCUAAGAAGUCUUGAAUUGCAGGAUGAUGAAGAUGUCAAGUGGAUGUUGCGGGGCUCCAAUAUGGUUAAGGUCCGAUCACCUCAUUGGCAAAAGCAACGUACCCUGAAGCUGCUGGAAGAUGGUGUCACUAUUUGGUGCCAGUCCCGCAAAACUUUAAGUCGAGCCAAAGAGCAACAAUCCUUCUCCAUCACAGAGGUGGAGUGCGUAUGUGAGGGCUGUCAUUCGGGGACAUUUCGGCAGAUGGUUGGUGCAGUACCUGAAGAACGGUGUUUGACGGUGGUCUUCAAAGGUCCCCGAAAGAAUCUGGAUCUUCUCUGCCAGAACCAUGAAGAGGCUUAUCAUUGGACCCGCGGCAUCCGGACACUGCAGGAAAGAAUUUGCAACAUGACUCAGAAAGAGAAACUUGAUCACUGGAUUCAUGCUUACCUGAGUCGUGCUGAUCAGAAUCAUGAUGAUAAGAUGAGCUAUGAUGAAGUGCAGACAUUGCUACAAAUGAUCAAUAUUGACUUGAGUGACCAAUAUGCCUGUGAACUUUUCCAGAAGUGUGAUCACUCAGCCGAUGGCCGAUUGGACCAUGGGGAAAUUGAAGUUUUCUGCAGAGAGUUAUUGCGGAGACCUGAGCUGGAUGCCAUCUUUAUGCUCUAUUCCUCUAAUGGAUGUGUCCUCUCAACUGCUGAUCUGAGGGAUUUCCUCAAUGACCAAGGAGAGGAUUCUUCAUUCACACAUGCCCAAAGCCUCAUAAUCACCUAUGAACUUAAUGAAUGGGCUCAGAAGAAUCAUUUGAUGACACCCAAUGGUUUUACCAUGUACAUGCUGUCCAAGGAGAAUUCUGUGUUUGACCCAGAACAUGUUCGGGUUUAUCAAGACAUGAAACAACCACUUGCACACUACUUCAUUUCCUCUUCCCACAAUACAUACUUGACUAAGGAUCAGCUGACUGGAGAGAGCGGAAUCGAGGCAUAUAUCCGAGCCCUGAAACAUGGUUGUCGUUGUGUGGAGUUGGACUGUUGGGAUGGAGAUAAAGGACAGCCAGUAAUCUACCAUGGCUACACUCUCACCUCCAAAGUGUCUUUUGUUGAAGUCAUAGAGACAAUCAAUGAAUAUGCAUUUAAGGCAUCGGCAUACCCUCUCAUCCUUUCCUUGGAGAACCACUGCUCCGUGGAGCAGCAGUCAGUGAUGGCUCGACACCUGCAGAGCAUCCUUGGAGACAAACUGCUUACCAAGCCCAUCGAUGGCCUCGAUUCCAACACCCUGCCUUCACCGGAAGUUCUUAAGGGUAAAAUCUUGAUUAAAGGGAAGCAAGAGAGCACAGCGGAGGAAUGCACAUCAAGUUCGUCAGACCUCAGCUCAUCAGACGAUGAAGUCAGACAAGCUGGGAGCAGUAUCCAUCAAAGGCAAAAGAUUGACAAGCCAGCUGUGUCUCAGAUGAGUCCAGAGCUGUCAGAAUUGGUUGUGUACACCCGCAGUGUACACUUUAAAAGUUUUCAACAUGCUGCCAAAGCCCCGCCAAGCCACAUGUCCUCAUUUUCUGAAAGUGAAGCCCUCAGACAUGUCAAAGACUCAGGGAUGUAUUUUGUCCGUCACAAUAGCCACCAUCUGAGCAGGAUCUACCCCUCAGGACAGAGACUACAGUCUUCCAACUAUAACCCUCAGGAAAUGUGGAAUGGAGGCUGCCAACUUGUGGCCCUGAAUUUCCAAACUCCUGGGGAACAGAUGGAUCUAAAUAGAGGCAAGUUCUUGCAGAAUGGACAAUGUGGCUACAUUCUGAAGCCCCCUUUCAUGUGCCAGCCAUAUACCACCUUUAACCCAGAGAAUGUUGGUGGAGGUCCUGGGCAUGCACCAGUUUUUUUCACUGUCAGGGUUAUUUCAGCACAGCAGCUACCUAAACAAGAGAGGAACAAGCCAACAGCCAUUGUGGAUCCCCAGGUUUGGGUUGAGAUACAUGGUGUUCCGAUUGAUAAUAGCAAAAAGAAAACCCAUCACGUCCAAAAUAAUGGUUUUAACCCACAGUGGGACUGCACUUUCAAUUUUACCGUCCAUGCUCCUGACCUGGCACUUGUUCGCUUUGUGGUUGAAGAUCAUGAUUAUACUUCAAGCAACGACUUUCUUGGACAAUACACCCUGCCGUUGACAAGUCUCCGCACAGGUUAUCGCCAUAUCCGACUGCUCAAGCAAGAUGGUUCCUGCCUCUCACCCUCCUCGCUCUUCAUCCACGCCAAUAUCGUUGCCUGUCAGAGUAAUCAUUUAAAUCACCACCCUGGGCGUCUGUAGCAAACAACAUUUAAUUCAAUUACUACCUUGUUAAAACAUUACAACAACCAUGCCAUUGCUUUUAGAGUGGCACAGUAAUUGGCCACAGUACUGUAUUUUCUGGACUAUUAAGUCGGUUUGGAGGAUAAGUCACACCAGCCAUAAACUGCAUACUAAAG